GUGAAAGUACACAGACGGUACAAUGUCUGGCCGCCGACACUCCGGAGUGAGCGGCUUCUACAACUGAUCGUCCGCCAUCACCUCUACCAUGUCCGCUAUACUCCUGGAAGACCUCCCGACCUCCAUGGUGGAUCAGACCGGGGUAGAGGAGGAUGGGUCCAGCUUCCUGCUGGUGGAUGAACAGGAGAACCUGCAGGUAAAAGAUGUGGACGACUUCAUCAAUAGACUUGGAUGUAGUCCACAGGAACCUGUGAAAGUCCUCAGUAUUUUCGGCAAUACCGGAGAUGGCAAGUCGCACACACUCAACCACAUGUUUUUUGGGGGUCUGGAGAUCUUCAGGACCUCUCCUUCCCAGGAUUCCUGCACAGUGGGGGUAUGGGCUUCAUACUACCCAGCAUUGUCCUUGGUACUGCUGGAUACAGAAGGUCUCCUGGGGGCCACAGAUAAACAGAACCAGCGCCUGCGUCUCCUCCUGAAGGUUCUUGCUGUGUCGGAUCUGGUCAUUUAUAGAACAAGGGCUGAGAGGUUACACAACGAUAUGUUCCAGUUUUUGGGGAAUGCCUCUAAGGCUUAUUUGAAAUUCUUUACUCCUGAGCUGAAAGCCUUAUCUAGUCGCUGUGGGCUGGAGGUAACGCUGUCCAGUCUUGGACCGUCCCUCACAGUUUUCCAUGAGACUUCUCGGACUGAUCUGCUGGGAAGCAAGGUCCGCGGCCAGGCAGAGACAGACCUCCUAAAACGAUUCCACGAGUUGGGGACUCCUCCUGAAGCUUUUAGCUCAAUUCACUAUGUGGGAACCAAGACUGUGGUCCCCCCCAGUGACUUCUCUCACUUAAUGGACAGGGUGAAGAAACAAGUUAUGGAUACAUCCACUCGCUCAUCCAGACCGCUAUCCCAUGUUUUUACAGCCUUACAGAGUCUUAGCGAGCGAUUCUCUGGGGAUAUUCCAGAUGAUCAGGUGCAGAUCACCUCUUUCUUCCCAGAUGAAUACUUUACCUGUUCGCUGCGGUGCCUCAGUUGCAGGGCACGCUGCAAGAACAGGAUGAAUCAUAUGAAGGAUGGCGUCCCCCACCAGGCAGAUGGUUUGUGCCAGUUUGCCCAUGAGUAUAACAAUAAAGUUCUGAUCUGUAAGCGAUGUUACGAGGGCGGACGAGAGUUGAUUGUUAUCCCCAAAACUGUAGCGUCUAUAGACAGUCCAUGGAUGGGCCUAGCGAAAUAUGCUUGGUCUGGGUACGUCUUGGAAUGCCGUGUUUGUGGGAUUAUCUAUCGUAGCCGGCAGUACUGGUAUGGAAACAAAGACCCGGAUGGAUCUCUUGUACGACAGGAAGUUAGACAUGUCUGGUCAGAGAGUGACUCUUACUCACUAGACCAACAAAAUGCAGCCCAGCGUGUGCUAGAUGGAGUGAAUUUUGUCAUGCAGUCUGUGAACGAGUACAGUGCUGGGCCCACCAACAUGGUCACCUCAUGGCUCAUAGACAAUGUGGCUCCCCCGUAUUGGCGACCAAAUGCUGAGAUCACUAUGUGUCAUGGUUGUAAGAAAGAAUUUGUGCCAGCUGAGAGGAAGCAUCAUUGCCGAUCUUGCGGAGAAGGUUUCUGUAACAGCUGCUCCGAUCAGACUAUGCCCGUUCCUGAGCGAGGCUGGGGACCGUCCCCUGUACGUGUCUGCAAGAAGUGUCACAAUAAAGGACAAAGUCUUGAUGUUUUCUCAGGUCGCAAUACUGCUCAGGAUGACGGCAGAAGUUUGUUGCCUCGUAAAGUCACAGAGAUUGCUCAGAGCUCGUUGGAGAUGAUGUCUUCUGCAGUGAAAUAUCCUAUGGGCUUUGUAAAGGAAGCAGCACGUCCCGGCUACUGGGUGCCAGACCAGGAGAUCAUCAACUGCCACAGCUGUAAAACACCAUUUACCCCUAAAAUGUACAAACAUCACUGCAGGUCUUGUGGCCAGGGCUUCUGCCAACUGUGCUCUGAAUAUCAGCGGCCCGUCCCCUCACGGGGUUGGCAUCACCCAGUACGGGUGUGUCAGAGCUGCAGUCGUAAAAAGGGGGAGCUGUGAAGAGGACACUAACCUUAGUCCCAGAGAC